AUGCUAGUCGCUGAUAUCCGUGUUAUGCUAGAGGAAGGUUGGGAGAAGUACAACGGCAUGACUCCACAGAAGAUCAAGAUCCUCGACUUGUUCAUUGUAUUUCUGGCUUACCUCUCGGUCGUUCAGUUUGCCUAUAUGUGGGUUGUCGGAACCUUUCCCUACAACUCCUUCCUUUCUGGUCUGUGGGCCACAAUGGGAACUGCUGUGCUCACCUGUUGUUAUCGUAUACAGCUGACCAGUGGUCAAGACACCUUCAAAGAGGUCGGGCCAGAGAGGGCCUAUGCGGACUACCUUGUUUGUGCGGGGGUUCUUUUUUUCAGCUGUGUGAACUUCCUCGGCUAG